AAGGGGUUUAUAUAAAGUGAGCAGAUCCGGAAAUUGAACCCGAUAACCCGAUCUCCUCUCACUCUCUGUAAUUCGCCCUUCCACAAAACCCUAGAAGCUCUCUUCUAUCUCACUGUGCAAUACACAAAGAAUGGUUGCCUAACCAGGCCUGCUGUUAGGUGCAUAAGAAGAAGGAAUACUAUUUCCAGGGGCUUUUGUAGUCAGUAAUGGUUUCACCCGGAAGAAUCCGGAAUCCAGUGAAAAGGGAAGUAGAGGAGAAUCCGGAUUUGAAGAGUGAUAGAGUGAAAGAGGAGGAAGAAUGGGAUGGCGAUGAUAAGAGGAAACACAGGUCAAGUAGGUCUAAAAGGAGCGGGAAUGGGGAGGACAGUGAAGGAGUGGACAGCAGUGCAAGGAAGAGAACUGGUGACAGAAAUGAAAGUCGGAAGAGGUCAGCUGGCUCAAGCAGAAUUGGUGGUAGUGAUGAAGAUGAUUAUGAAAGUAAAAAGGAGUUGCGUUCUAAGCAGAUGAAGAAGAAACAAGAUGAAAGCGCACUUGAGAAACUGAGCAAUUGGUAUCAGGAUGGAGAAGCAGCUGAUAAUAAGCAUGACGGUGUCUACAAAUCUGGUAAGAGAGGACAUGGUCGAGCUGAUGAACAUGAGAGACAUGGUCGCGCUGAUGAACAUGAGAGACAUGGCCGAGCUGAUGAGAAUGAGAGAAAAGAUUUGGCAUCAAAACUUUUGGAUCAGGACAACAUCCAGAGCAAAAAUAAAGUAAAAAAUGAAAGAGUAAAUGAUGUAGAAAUUGAAAAGGGUGAUAGAUCUUCUAAAGGAAGAGAUGAUAGCUGGAGCAACAGGCAAAGGAACAGAGAGGAUUCCAGAGACAACUGGAGGAGAAGGCAACCCAACAUUCAUGACAAAGAUUUUAAAGACGGGGACACAGUUUAUGAUCACGGCAGAGAAAGGGAUUUGCAGCGACGUGGCCGGGACUGGAUAGACAAUGACAGGCCUCAAGGUCGAUUUGGUGGUAGAAAAGAUGGGAUCAGAACUGAAGCUGUGAAAACCUCAUCAAAUUAUGGAAUUGAAAAUUAUGACGUGAUAGAAAUUCAAACCAAAUCCUUUGAUUAUGCCAGAGAGGAACCUAAAUUUCCCUCUGACAGGAGCAAUGAAGCUGGUCAGCAAGCUGAUACUAAAUUGCCACCCAAUGACAAAGAUGAUGCUUAUCAACAGGAGAAUAGAGCAGGAAAGGUGGAUUUAUAUGGGUCUGGACAACCUGUUGAAGAUUCUAAGGAUAGGUUUAUGGAUGAUGGUCCUUCACGGGAUCAAAAUUCUUGGAGGGGUGAGAUUGACUCUCCUUCCGGGAAUGCAAGGGGUGAGAAAGGUGCUAGAUUUAAUGCUGGCAAAGCUAAUGGCCAAAGUUCAAGUGGUGGUUCACAACCUCGACAUGUAAAUGAGGAAACAGGUUCCUUUAAUAGAGCUGUUCCAGGUGGAAAUAGAGGAAAUCGAAUUGGUGGGAGAGGAAGGGGUAGGCCUACUGGGCGAGAGAAUCAACAAAUUCCAAUGCCAGUACCCAUGGUGGGAUCACCUUUUGGACCACUUGGAAUGCCUCCACAUGGAGCAAUGCCACCACUUAAUCAUAACAUGUCUCCUGGUCCUGGUCCUCCUAUCCCCCCCGGUGUCUUUAUUCCACCGUUCUCGCCUCCUGUUGUUUGGCCCGGACCUCGUGGCAUGGAUAUGAAUAUGUUGGGUGUUCCACCAGGUAUCUCUCCUGUCCCUCCUGGACCAUCUGGGCCCAGAUUUUCUCCAAAUAUAGGUCCUCCACCAAAUCCUGCUAUGUUUUAUAAUCAACCAGGCUCUGGCAGAGGGGGAUCCCCAAAUAUGUCUGGAGUGAAUUUUAAUGUUAUGGUACCAUCUGGGCGUGGACAGACACAAGAAAAACCCACUGGUGGCUGGGUCCCCCCUAGAAGUAAUGUCCCUCAUGGUAAAGCUCCUUCCAGGGGAGAGCAAAACGAUUACUCACAAAACUUUGUAGACACUGGUAUGCGUCCACAAAAUUACAUCAGGGAGCUAGAACUCACUAGUGUUGUGGAGGACUACCCUAAACUUAGAGAGCUUAUACAAAAGAAGGACGAGAUCGUAACCAACUCUGCUACUGCUCCCAUGUAUUACAAGUCCGACCUUCGUGAACAGGUUUUAUCACCAGAAUUCUUUGGGACGAAGUUUGACGUCAUUCUUGUGGAUCCACCUUGGGAGGAAUAUGUUCACCGAGCUCCUGGGGUCACUGACCAUAUGGAGUCUUGGACAUUUGAAGAAAUUCAGAAUCUUAAAAUUGAGGCAAUAGCUGAUACGCCUUCUUUUAUAUUUCUAUGGGUUGGUGAUGGUCUUGGCCUGGAGCAGGGAAGGCUAUGUCUAAAGAAGUGGGGUUUUCGUAGGUGUGAAGACAUAUGUUGGGUUAAGACAAACAAAACAACGGCAACUCCUGGAUUACGCCAUGAUUCACGUACUCUGUUUCAACGCUCAAAGGAACACUGUUUGAUGGGCAUAAAAGGAACUGUUCGCCGCAGUACAGAUGGUCAUAUAAUCCAUGCAAACAUCGACACUGAUGUAAUUAUAGCCGAGGAACCUCCCUAUGGUUCAACUGCAAAGCCUGAAGACAUGUACCGGAUCAUUGAGCAUUUCUGCCUUGGUCGCAGGAGGCUUGAACUAUUUGGUGAAGAUCACAAUAUUCGGUCAGGCUGGUUGACUGUCGGUAAAGAUCUAUCAUCAUCAAAUUUUAACUCUGAGGCAUAUAUCAGGAAUUUUGCAGAUAAGGAUGGGAAGAUUUGGCAAGGAGGUGGUGGACGAAAUCCACCACCAGAAGCUGGUCAUCUUGUUGUCACAACUCCUGAUAUUGAGUCUCUUCGUCCCAAGUCACCAAUGAAGAACCAGCUUCAAAUGCAGCAGCAGCAUUCCAACUCUAUUACUCUGACGUCAGCCAAUUCGGGAAACAAGAGGCCAGGGAAUAUGCCGCAAAUGUAUAAUGGGCCUGGAAUGAGUGAAGAAGCGUCUAAUAGCUUUAAUAAUCCACCUCAAAUGCCUUGGCCUCCACAAAUGGAAGGGUUCAGAGGAGGGGAUGUAGGUGUUAUGGGAUCAGAGGAUAAAGUUUUUGACAUGUAUGGAUACAAUGCACCUUUUGUGCAGCCUCCGGGAGAUUAUCCAGAUUAUGAAUCUCACAGGUCAAUGAAUAUGUUGUAGUAUAUUUUUGGGCAUAAGAUGUGCCAUGAGGAAUUUUCUCAAUUUUAUAAUUUUCAUUUUUCCAUUUAUUCAUAAUUAAAAGUAACAUAUAGAACUUGUUACAUGUUUUGUAUUCAAAUUUACAUCUAGGUUUUUUGUUGUUC